AUGGAAACACUUCUGAAUAGCGAAAUAUUAAAGAAAUAUAAAGAAGAAACUAAUGAAUAUAUAAAAAAAAAGAAUGUUGAUAAAUUAUUUGAUAUUAUUUUAAAAAAUGUUUUAAUAAAUAAACCUGAUAAUAUUUAUUUAUAUAUAUAUAACAACAUUUAUUCUUUCCUGUUGAAUAAAAUUUUUAUAAUAGGUCCUCCAAUAUUGAAAAUUACAUCUUUCUUAUCUUCUCAUAUUUCUGAAUUCUUUAAUUAUUAUCAUAUAUCAGUUCCUAUGUUAAUAGAACAAUAUGAAUUAAAACAAAAAGAAAGAUUGAAUAAUAAAAUUAUAGUUAAUGAUGAGGUAAUUUCUUCUAUACUUAAAGAGAAGAUAAAUAAUUUAGACUCUAAGAAGAAAAGAGGUUAUAUUGUGGAGGGAUAUCCCAACAAUAAUCUUCAAGCAUAUAAUUGUCUCAAAUAUUUUCCUUCACAUGUUUUUGUUCUAUAUGCUGAUGAAGAAUAUAUUUUUAAAAAAUAUGAAGAAGAAAAUGAUAUUUCCAUUUUUUCAAACACACAAAAAAAGGAAUAUGAAAUAAAUGAACUCUAUGAAAUAAAAGAUUUAAAUGUCAAACCUUUAAAAGACCAAGUGCUUUCAUAUAUAAGAAAUAUAUCAGAUAUAUUGACUAUCCUUGGAACUAAUAAAAAUGUUUUGAACCUACACGAUUUUAAUGAGCAAAUGUUAAUUGAUCACGUUAAAGUAUAA